AUGGGCGGCAGCAAGAAGAAUCGGCGCAAGAACCCAGCUGAUGACAGCGGAGUUGAUCUCCUCAGCCUUGCUUUCAACCUGCCCACGCGCCGUGAUUUUGAACGUGCAGACAAAGAGGCGGGCCAGAGCCAGAUCCACACGCAGAGUAUCAGGAUUCAAUAUGAUGCAGGCGAAGAUGAAUCCAGUGACGCCGGUUCUUCGGCCGUAUCUCAAGCAGAUAGCAACAGGCCAGACACGCAAGAUGCCGACGAGACACCAAAAGCCCGAAAAACAUCUAAGCCUCGCCAACACCAUGUCAAGGAACAGAAGAAUACUCGUCAAGAAACUUCUCCGAAAGAUUCUCGGAAACUACCCAACCAAGCCAAAGUGCCGCUACUAACGCGUCGACUUUCGAGACGGGAGUCUUCCAAACCCCUCAAGGCUCGCGAGAGGUCGUCCUCAAGCCCAGCUUCUCUCAGAGCUUCGUCUCCAGCCUUUUCCAUCCCAUCUUCGGCCACUUUUCCCCGCGCCAUAUCUAACCACUCUUUAAAAGCUACUAAUAUCACUGCUUCAGACGCUUCAGCCAGGCCUCUUCAACCCCAUAUUGGCGGAGGAGCUCAGCCGCAGCAAUUCUAUCAACCCAUGUUUGCUAUUCCCACAGUUUCUGUGUAUCCCCAGGCACAAUACUACUCGACUGUCGGCAUUGAUCCUGCUUCUGGUUGCAAUCAAUAUGUGCCUUUUCCUAUGAGCCCAUUGCCCUCUGCCAAUACCAAGAUACCACCACACCUGCCAAACCAAAUUUCUCAACAAGUUCAACAUAUUCAAAGCAAGCUCGAUGAAGUAGUGAUGAAACUUUCACAGAACCCAGAGGACGUGACCUUGAAGAGCAAUCUGUCAGCUCUACAGACAGAGCUCAACACCCGACUGAACUCUUUACUGGGCAUGGAACAUCAGAAGGAAUCCAAAGUUUCGGAUGCCUCUGAAACUCACGAUUCGAAACUAUCCGCUAUGUCACAACUCGCAACCACAAAGCAAGAGAGGAGCCCUAAAAGAAAAAUUCGUCAUCAUCUAUGUACGGGCUGCGGCAAAGUUCGCUCUUCCGACUAUCACAGCAAGCGCCCUGUCAUUCCAGGAGACAAGCCUUCCAAGAACUACUGUGAAGAUUGCUUCGAAGAAAACGUCGAGAAGGGAAUUUUUAAACACCAUUUCUGCUAUGGCUGCGGGGCUGCUAGAUCCAAGGAAUUCCAUCAUAAUCACCCAAUCUCGAAAGAAGAUAGGCCCUUUCCUAAUUACUGCUCGAUAUGUGUUGAAGAGAUCCGAUCUGCUGAGACCAUUGCAGACGUCUCUAUGAUAGACUUUGCUCCAGAAAGUCGUUUAUACAAGAGUAACGUACUCUCUGAUGCUAUCCCUGAUCAACUUCAAAACACUACGCACAUUGAUUCGUUUGGAUCAAAACAAGGAUUGGAUAAUAAAGAAAAUCAACAAAAUGUCUUGUUAUUCUCGGAUUAUGACGAUAAGAGUGACAAGACUUACGCUUCUGAACAUAAGAAAGUUCCACACUCGCUAAAGAUUUCAACAAGCGGCCCCCAGCUGAGCCCUUCAAACUCUUCGCCUGACUCUCCAUAUUAUCCAGUUCGCCAUACUGGAGCAUCCCAAAGGCGUGCACAGCGAAGUCCACUGACUAGCCCAGGAAGCCAAUACUGCAGCUCUCCCGAUACUCCAAAUACACCAAGAUAUCAGUCCCCCUAUGUUGAGGAUGUAUUUUCGCCUAUUCAGGAAGCAAAUAAGGUAGAGGGGGGUGGCCAAUUCCCCACCACGACGCCGGGCAGACAAUGUUCCCAGGUUGAGCGCCUUCACCGCUCUGCAAAAGAUCCCAACCCAGAUAUCGCUCAAGAGGUAUCGGACGAUUCUACUGAAGGGCAUGCUUCUACGGACGAUUCAUCCCAUUCCACUGGAAGCAAGUCUGUAAAGUUUAGGCAAAAAGUUGACAUUCGGCUCUCAGACUCCCGAACAUCAAGCAAUGCCUCAUCGCAUGCCAAAAUUCUUGAAGAAGAUAUAAAACCCGACGAUGACACCAUACCAAGCCGUGUGGGUAUAUACGGAACUUCGCCAGUGAAGUCGCAAAAUGGAUAUUAUCCAAAAGCACUAGGUUCCCACAAUGUGUCAUCUUCUCUUGCUGGGGAGGAUGGAUACGUUGAAGCUAUCCCAGAAAGAAGCUACAGAGGAGCUUUUUCUAAAGACAGCCCUGCAAGUUCGUGGCUGCCCCCUACGUCCAAUUCUGGAGAUCACUGGUAUUCGAGACCCUCUGCGUACAAUUCGACCACACCACAGAGCCCCAUCAUGGAAGGCUUCAAAGGAUUUCGGCCAGGUGGCCACUCAACCUUCAAUUAUGGUUCUAGAGGUGAAAAUGGGGGUGGAAAAGGUGUCCCUCCACCGCUUGGCACCACUCGCAGUGCAUUCAGUCCAGCAAGCCCAGGUACCACGGAGGAACGAGAAUCGCAAAGGUCUCCCCUUUCCCCAAGCUCCGACUCACAAUCUCAAGGAUUGCCAGGGUCAUCCAGUAAUGGCUGGAAGUACUACACGUCAUCAUUUGGGGGAGGACAGAAGACUGAGCCUACGUUCAAAAAGACAUCACCCUGGAGCAAUUUCUUUUCUCAGUUUGACCCCGAGUGCCAUACAAUGCAAGAUGAUUCUUCGUUCAGUCAGAGUGCAUUUAGUGACUACUCUCAGCCCAGUAGUAAUCCUUACUACGAACCUCGCAAACGAACCUUUCCCGAUCUAAAUGACUAUUGCUCCUUUGGCACUCGGACCCGUCGCACUCCAGGCAAGUGGGCAAAGGAUUACCAAAGCACAACAAAGUUACCCAAGCCGACGCCGUAUUGGAUCCCCGAACCAAUCAUUGAGGAACCAGAUUCCCCCGAGAGCUCACCAGCGAAGAAGGCCAACAUGCUUGAGUUUGAUGACAUCGACAUCUCUCCUGCAUCUGUUAGCAAUAUUGGUACCAACUCAUCGCCUGAUUCAGCAGAAGAUGAUAAGGCCAAUGUCGCUGGAUCUGACGUCAAGUCAGACGAUGAUUCUGAUAAGGAGAAUACGCCCAGCAAGAGCGGCCCUGAUAUGACGUGCCUUGAGUAA